AUGGCGCGCACGAAGUUUCAACUCCCUCCCGAGCUCUGGUCGAAUAUAUUUACAAUUCUGUUAGACGAACAAGCUGAGGCGCAAGCCCAAUCUUCCAGCAACAUUCAACCGCUGGCGGACUGGACCCCAUUACCCGACCAUGCGACUUGCCCGCCGUGCAUUCCCCACUGUAACGCCUAUACCGAUUGCGGCGCUCGAACCAAACAGACACAGAUUUGUACAGCAAAUCUGGCUCGCGAGCGGCGCGGUCUGCAAGCCCUUUUGCAUGUCAACUCGGUGUUCCGCGCUCUCAUCCGGGGCAAGCGAUACUUCGCCCAAAAUGCCUUCACCGACCUCGCAUGCCGCCUGGAGGAAUCGCACUAUCCAGUGCAGUCUGGCGACAUGCUGUACCCUUGCACGGGCCUCUGUCUGUGCCUGCUCCCGGAAAUCCUGAGGCGUCUUCGUCUAGGCGCACAGGGGCUUCUCGGUUCGCAGCGAGUACACGUCAUUCUACCGUCCCGCAACCAGCACGGUCCCCACUCGCCCGCGCAGUCCAUCUCGCAGAUUCUUCACCAGUAUGGCGCAGACCACUUGGUGGAGGCGUCAUUCUAUUUCGAUCCGUCUGAUCAAACUUCCGACGAGGACGGGGAUCAGAGCAUCGAGGGGGAGCAUAUCAUCGCAUCCGAGUCGAUCGAGCGUUUCGAGGGCCAGAAUUGGGACAGGGUUAUUGUCGGGAACUCCCUCACCUUCCUGAAGCUACGUGCAGAGGUCGAACGUCACACCUGGGAUCGAUCGGUCCUCUGCCGCAUCUUGCGGUCUUGCCCCCUGCUCGAGAACGUACAGCUCUUGUCCGUCUUCGAUCACAAUCCACGGUAUUGGUUCUAUCCAGACGAAUCGCCAAUCAUUCUUGAACACCUUUCGAGCUUGCACAUCCAAGCCUCCGUGAACGUCUGGAUAGGCCUUGCCCGUCUUCUUGUUACGCCUGUCUUGUACGACGCUCACAUCGACGUCAUCGUUUCUCCAUUGCAUCUUCAAGAGAACCAGCCGAGGUGGCCGGCCGAUUUGGACUGCAUACUAUUCUCCCGCACCGACCUAGGGAAAAGGCUCGGCGAGAUCGUCUCCGGGGAUGAUCUCAGCGCGGAUCUGCACUACAAGUGUGAUGUGGAUGAAGGAUCCCACGGAAGCCCCAUGCCGCAUAGCUUACCGGAAUACAUGUCGAUCAGAGUGGCCGAUCAUGGCGGUCCUUACUCGCUAUCGAUCACGAUACGCUCCGCAAUGACGUGCCCUUUGGCGUACGCCCCCCCCGGCACUCGCGCCGGAUGCGUCCCCUCGCGAACGCCGGCCGCUCUCCUCGAAGAGUUCCUGACGAACACUCUGCUCAGCAUCAGUGGCAUGCUUCCGAGCCCGUACUCGGUGAAUAGGUCCAUCCACGAGCUCGAUGUCACAGGGUAUGCUGAGUUGCUACGAGAACUACGAUGGCCAGUGGUUUUGCGCGAGACGAAUAGGCUCGAGUGCCUUCGUGUAUACGGGAUCAACAGCAAAGGGUCGGCCUUAGACCGGCUGCUUGAAGGAUUAUGUGCAGAGAACCUCGAGACGUACACACUCGACGGCCUCUUGCAUCCGCCAGACCUGGCCUACGGGGAUUGCGUGACCGAGGUGCAUCUGCCAGACUGUCCAUAUAUCCCGCUCGAGUUCCUUGAGGAUGAGCUGUCCCUCCGGCGUCCCUCCUUUUGCAGUCCCAUUACAUGGUUUGGUGCGACGUGA